UAAAAUAGCACGAACAAGCGCAGUGUUUUUUGUUGCUAUAAUUGUAUUAAUUAUCAGACUGUUUACUUUGCGCGUCUGCGCAUGCGUCAGGGGAUGUUUGAAGCUCGUCGCGAUGGCUGCCGACGGUACAGAAGAACUGUUAGGGUUGGUGGAGGAAUUUGUAUCGGGACAAGUUGACAGUUCAGCUGCAAAUGUCUCGAGAGGUGUCAAGACUGGACAUUUCUCCAUACUUCAGCUGGUUGAGGCACUUGGGUCGAGUUUAACAAGCUCUCAGACUCAUACUCGUGGCCGAGGGGUGCAGCUCCUAUCGCAAGUCCUGCAGGAAUGCUACAGCGGCCUUUCAGAGAGCGAAGUGAAGGUCCUGGUGGUGUUUUAUGAGAACAGGCUAAAGGAUCACUAUGCCGUCACUCCACACGUCCUCCGUGGACUCACCGCUCUGGCCAAGUGCACAGUGCUGCCUCCUGGUGCAGCGGUUUCUAUUCUGAAAGCCCUCUUCCAGGAUGUCAAUGUCCAGUCCCUGAUGCUGACAGAACGCUCGUGUGUCUACAACAUCCUCAUCAGCCUCAUGGACUCGAGAGAGGAAGAGCUGAAAGGUUUGGGUCCAGACUUUGUGUUUGGAUUUGUGCAGGCUGUCGAUGGAGAACGUGACCCUCGCAACCUGCUGCUGGCCUUCCAGAUAGCCAGAAACAUCAUCUACAGAGGUUAUGACCUCAAUCAGUUUACAGAGGAGCUGUUUGAAGUCACAUCCUGCUACUUCCCGAUAGACUUCACGCCUCCGCCCAACGACCCGCACAACAUCACGCAGGAGGACCUCAUCCUGGCUCUACGGGGCGUUCUUACAGGAACACCACGAUUCGCAGAGUUUCUGCUGCCGUUACUGAUCGAGAAGCUUGACUCUGACCUCCAGAACUCUAAGGUGGACUCCCUGCAGACGCUGGCUGCUUGUGCACCUGUUUACGGACACAAAGAGCUGGCCGAGUUCCUCCCAGGCCUCUGGUCCUCCAUACGCAGAGAGGUAUUCCAGACAGGGAGUGAGCGAGUCGAGUCAGCGGGUCUCUCUGCUCUUAGCGCCAUCACGUCAUGCCUGUCUCGCACCGUUCUCACGUCAGACUCGGGAGACACUCUGCAAACGUUUCUGGAGCUUGUCCUCAAAGAUUGUCAGCACCACCUGUGUGAGCCCGAUCUGAAGCUGGUGUUGCCGAGCGCGAAGCUGCUGCAGGCUGCAUGUGGUGCCUCCUACAGGGCAAGCCUCAUUGUGACGACGGCGGUUCUGCCUGUACUGUUUGAGCAGUACAACUCCAGAACUCAGUGUGCUCAUCGGCGCACUCUGUUGGAGGUGUUGCAAGGCUUCAUUCAGCCCACUGUGAGCAGCCGGCCUGCAGAACAAGAAGAGAACGUGCUGCUCCCUUUCCAGAAGGCUCUCAGCGGCGUGGUGUUUUCUGCUCUAACUGAGUCCAGUGCAAAUCUUCAAGUCACAGCUACAAAAGUUAUUACCACGCUGGCCCAGCAGUCUGGCCUUAUAGAGAAAACAGAUGUGGAAAUAACAGUGGAUCACCUUACAAGGCUGGUCUUAGAAGAGGAUGAUGCACAAGUCAGUUUGGCAGUUAUGAACUGCGCAGGAUCGAUGGCUCGUCUCCAUCCAGCCGUCUUCGCUUCCCGAAUGGUUCCGAAACUGAGGGAUCAAAUCUUCACAGAACCAACGGCUGAAGGAGACACUUCCUGUCUCAGACCGAGCCGAAGUAAAGCGGCAGCAAUGCAGCACUGCAUCACGGCUCUGGCCUCCAUCUCGUCUCAGCUGAGUUUGGUUCUGGAGAGCGUGCCUGUACUACUCCAGGUCUUAAAGGCUGUACACAAAGGUAACGGUGGUUUCUCAACAGAGGAGGCGAUUUGGGCGUGUCAUGGUCUGCGGAGGAUAGCCGAGCACGCUCACCACACGCUGGAAAUUGGUGACUUUUUCCACAAGGUUGUUAUUCCACAAUUACUGGGCGUAUCCCUCCAUGCAGCUCUGCAGAGUCAGAAGUGCUCUGGACACACGAGUCCCCUCACAGAAGAGGAGGUGCUGUCUUCUAUAGUUCCUGUCAUAAGCACAGCUUGUGCAGCAUUACAGCCAGCACCUGCUGCUCAAAUGGCUGCCCAGACAGUGUCCCUGUUCUUGGACGGAGAUGUGUCAUUCCUGCCAGAAAAUGCUUAUCCAAACCAGCUUCAGCUGCUCAAUAUCCAGUCAGACUGCUGCUCCCAGUCACAGCUCGUGUGUUUGCUAAUGGCCUCGGUGUGUUCCCUUUCACAACAGGUGGAGAUUCCUCACAUCGACAGGCUUCUAGUCCAGUUGGAGGAGCUGAUAUUCAUGUGUACACACUCGUUCUCCUACACAUCCGCUGCCAAGUGUUUUGCCGGCCUGAUCAACAAAAGAGCAGCAGGCCAAGCUCUGGAUGCUGUUCUGGAGAAGACCUUGAAAAGAAUAAAUAAGACGUUAGACUGUGAAUCCCCGGCGCAGCGAGUUCAAGCCUUCACUCUGCUAAUCUGGGUGGUAAAGGCUUUGCUUCUGCGCUACCAUCCUCUAUCUGUGAACUUAACUGACAAGCUUUUCUGCCUGCUGAGCGACGAUCAGUUAGGUUCUCAGGCAGCAGACAGUUUCUCGCUACUUAUGAGCGAUUCUCCAGAUGUGCUGAACCGCAGCUGCCAUGCCGACGUGCGCAUUAUGUACCGUCAGCGAUUCUUUACCGAGAAUUCGGCUAAACUCGUCCAAGGCUUCAACAGCGCAGAGCAAGAGAAGAGGUCUGUGUUUCUGAAGGCCUUGUCACACAUCGUCAAUAAUCUGCCCAGACAAGUGCAACUGACUGAGCUUCCAGCUUUGCUGCCCCUGCUUCUAGAAGCGCUGUCAUGUCCUGACGAGGCGGUGCAGCUCUCUACCCUCUCCUGCCUUCAGCCGCUUCUCCUGGAACCUCCACCUGCUCUCACCGCACAGCUGGAUUCCCUUUUCACCCGCCUGCUGGUUCUAACUACCAGCCCUGCCAUGAAAGCGAGGAUUGCCACGCUGCGCUGCAUCCACGCCCUCUCCCGCCUGCCUGGUCACAUGGUGUUGCCUUUCCGUGCCAGGGUCCUGCGCUGUCUCGCUAAGCCGCUAGAUGACAAGAAGAGACUUGUGAGAAAGGAGGCGGUGGCAACACGGAGCGAAUGGUUUUUGUUAGGGAGUCCGGGAGGAAGGUGAAGACGAGAGCACCGUUAUCCAUCAGAAAUGUUCACCCCCAGUCUCUUCCGCACAGUCCUACUCAUUUGCUUGCACCACAUCGCUCUAACUAAUUCCACACAAAGUAGAUCGAGGUAGACGUCUAGGCACAGGGAACAACUCAAGGAGGAAUAAAGGAAUGUACUAUUGAUAAAAUAACGCACUGAGGUGGGCGUGGAGCUCACUCCAACCAAGUAUUCUCCCUGAUCCGAGAUGAUUUCUGUUGCUUAAUGAUGAACAUGUUUUAUGUAAUGUUUAUACUUUUCACCAGUUUCCUUUUACACCAACAAAUAUGCUGCUUUCUCGUCCCGCACACACGUCCCUGUCAGUCUUGCCACUGAACCCAGAAACACGCACUAGCUUCAGAACGUCUGGACAUAAUGUUCAAUCAGCCAAGAAAAUGCCAUUCUGUGAGAUUCCACUUACGAGAGGAAAUCAAGAACUGAAGCGAAUUAUUUACGAUAUUGCCCAACUUACCAGUCCUACCUAGUCACAGCCAACUCGCUAGCUCAGCUUGCUAUCUAUAAUGAAGCCUGGUUAAUGCAGGUGAUGAUAAUCAGGGGGGUCUGCAGGGACCUCGGUUUGAUCCUGAUCUCAGGCUACCGUCUGUGUGGAAUUUGACCUGCUCUUGCUUUCUCAGGGUGAGGAGAAAUAAAAAUCAUGCUCUGGGUAGACUUAUACUUAGACUUAUCUUAGACUGGGUAGACGAUUAGCUUCGCUAAAUUUCCGCUCAGGGUGAAUUUAAAUAUCUACAAUACACACCACAGGGUGCAUCAUUCCCACCUCAUGCACGGUGUUUCCGGGAUACGCUCCAUGUCCGUUAUGAUCCUAACCAAGAUAAAGUUCUUUACUGAAGAUGAAGGCGUUAACAAGACUCAAAAAAGGCAUUUCACUUCCUACAGACUCGGUUGGCAUCGCACUUCUAUCCCACAAAGAAAAAAAAUGGCAUUUUUUAGGAACUUUAACUUACCUUAAAAAAACAUGGAGGCCACAAGUAUUAGAUUCUAUGUUCCAUACAUUAUAAACUUUGUUUUCAGUUCUCAGAGCCGUAGUGUUGAUUUAUUAUUUUUCAUUUCACUGGAAAGACUAACUCAAGAAACCUUAUGCCAAGGAUAUAGUGGAUGAUAUUUACAUGUCAAUACAUCUUUGUAAAUGUGUAAAACGGAAAUAAACCUCAUUAUUAUACUGGUGUAAA